AUGCACAACUGGCCCGCGCCACACUCCACCACACAUCCCACAACGCCGCCGCACGCCCACCCGCCCGCUGGAGACUGGCCGCACUCACCCAGCGCACUGGCUGCUGCUGUGACGCUAGCGACGCUCUCCGACAACAGACCGCCCGAUGACGACGAGGACGACGGCGACGACGAUGACGAUGGUGGGGGGAUAUCGCUAGAGGACUACCAGCAUUUCAUGGAAGCCAUGCCCGAGUCGCAUCAGGCAGGAGCAAACAGCGACGAUGGGGACCCCUCGCUGGAUGAGGGAGGCACGAUAGAAGACAUGUUUGGCUUCGGGCCAGUCCAUCCAUCCUAUGUCACAUACAACGCUUUCGACAUGUUUGCAGGCUCCAGCAUACCUCAGCACCACACAUCCACUACACACUUCAUUGCGCCGGUCACCAUAGCAGGCAACCUGCCAUACGGUACUGACUUAUUACUUGAGCCACCGCCAACACUCAACGAACCGCACCUGAGUAUACAGGACCGGGCGGCCUUCUGCCCCAUUACGUCCUAUUUCCACCGCUUCUACGGGCAGUGGAAGCCCGGUGUUGUGCCUGGUCUGGAUCUCAUCCAGCUGCCGGAUUUCAUUACCCGAGAAGAUCUCAAGGGUGAUGAGUAUGAUUAUCAGGGAAUAGAUUGGACCACCCGGAAGACUACUAGGGCUUCGGUACGGAGAGCAAGGUCGCAACAUGAGCGUCAGCGGGUGCCUCAUAGUGUGAAGCAGGUUCGCAAGCACGUCCAUUCAACACCCAACACGGACAGCUUCUUCCAGUUCCGAAGGAUCAACACCAGCCCCCGUGCCUUUGUGCCUCACUUCCAGCUGCGGAAUGUUCUGACGGCCACAUCUCGCAAUGAUAUCUACUAUGCAAAAGGUCACCAAGUACUCCACACAGACGCAGAAGGCACAUCCGAAGACGCCGUCGUUGACCUCAGCAAACACCUGGCUCUCGAUGCAUCGAUUACCACUAUCGCUUCCCACGGCGACGUACUCAUCGCCGGUGCUUUCGAAGGCGAGUACGCCAUCACCAACCUCUCCUCAACCCACGGCUCGCCCUGCACAUUCGGCCGCACCACCGACUUUGCGACCGACACAAAAUCACGCAUAGUUAAUCACAUGCACCUCUUUCCCUCACGGCGAACCUACACCCCACAAGCCGUCCUCUGUUCCAACGAUCACCGGCUCCGUGUGCUCGACUGCGGCACCAACACCUUCGUCCACUCGUUCCUCUACCCCGCAGCCGUCAACUGCUCGGCUACCAGUCCAAAUGGACGCAUGCGCGUCGUCGUCGGCGAUUUCCAAGAAACUCUCAUCACAAACGCCGAAACCGGUCAGCCCUUCGAAACGCUAAACUCGCACACUGACGACGCCUUCGCCUGUGCCUGGGCCGACGACGGCAUCCACGUCGCAACCGCCGCACAGGACUCCACCAUCGUCGUCUGGGACGCACGCUACUGGGAGAAGCCCCUCGCCGUCAUGAAGAGCGAACUCAGUGUCCCGCGUUCUCUUCACUUCUCGCCCAUCGGCUCCGGCCCGCGUGUUCUUGUUGCCGCCGAAGCAGAUGACUUCAUCAACGUCAUUAACGCGCAGACCUGGGAGUCAAAGCAAACGUUCGAUUUCUUCGGCCCCGCGGGUGGUGUUUCGUUCACACCUGAUGGACAGUCUCUUUUCGUUGCGAAUGGAGAGAGGCGAUUUGGCGGUAUCAUCGAGCUUGAACGCACAGGUUGGGCGGACAAGACAGGGAGGAGGGGUAGUUUCGAUGACGAGAUCCGCGAUGAGAUUGUUGUGGAUUGGGUGGGUGAUGAGGCGCUGGACAGCGAUGGAAGGGUCCUAGCAGGAGAUGUGGCUAGAAGGAGAAGACAUGUGGAUUUGAGUGAUGUUAUCGUAUAA